AGGGAGAUGGCUGCGCUGAGUGUAAAGCCGGGGCAGCGGUUCACCGUGCCGGAGUGGCACACCGACGUCCAGCUCACCUCGGCUGAUGCCGAACGCCAGCGUUCCGCUUCCCACCAAGUCCGGCAGGAAGCACGAGCCCUCCGCAAUGAAACCAACAACCAGACGAAAUGGGAUGAGCAUGACAACCAAACCCGCCUGGCUGAACGUAUCAGCAGUGUGAACAGAUGGAAAGAGACCCUGGACAAAUGCCUCGCAGACAUAGAUGCGGAAAUCGAUGCCUUAGCCAAAGUGAAGGAAGCAGCAGAAUGUGCCCUCCAGGCAAAGAACUUGCCUUUGGACGUUUCCAUUGAGUGCCUGAUGCUCCGAGAGGGCCGCUGCUCCAUCGAUGUGGUGAGGGACCCUGUGGAGGAGGAGCUGCAUAAGGAGGUGAAGGUGAUAGAUAAAGUCAAGAGAGAACUGCAGCAGAGAGUGAACGAAGCCUUCGAACAGCUCUGCCUCUUACAGGAAGCUCGCCAGCAGCUGAGCUGUGACCACCGGUGCAAGACGGAAGCAUUGGAAGUGGAUCGUGUGUGCUUAUCCCUCAACGUGAACUCUCCCAACAUCUCCUUCAAGGUCAACCCAACGCGGGUCCCAGAUGGGUCGACUGCGCUUGCUGAGUGGGAACAGAAGAGCCGAUGCAACAAGGAGCAUGCUGAGGCAGAAAUAAAAACCUCGACCAAGCUCCGAGAAGCAGCAGUGCUUGCCAUUGCGCAGACAAACAACGAGCUGGAGGCUCAGCGUGUAGCCACAGAGUUCGCCUUGCGCAAGAGGAUUAGAGACCUGGAAAGAGCCUACGAUGAGCUGAAAUGGCAGGAGCAGAAUACCUUGGAGGAAAUUGCUGAGAUGGAGGAAGACAUCCGAUGCUUGGACGAAGAUCUUCGGAGGAAAAUACAAGAUCUGAAAGUGGCACACACCCGCCUGGAGACCCGCACAUAUCGGCCCAAUAUGGAGCUCUGUCGGGAUCAGGUCCAGCACGGGCUAACAGAUGAGGUCCACCAGCUGGAGGGAACGAUCCGUGCGCUCAAACGGAAGCUGGCAGAGUCACAGGAUGCCUUGGACACUCUUUACAGACAACUUCACCGCAUUCGGGCGUCUGUUGACUGCAAAGCCAGUUCCCUGGUGCUGGACAACAAGUGCCUGGACAGCCGGAGAAAGCUCGUGCUCCCUGAUGAGAAAUUUGUGCCAGAGCUCGACACUUUCCACCGGAGCACGAGCCGUGCGCUCUCCUCGCUGAAGAGUGGGCAGCUGGCGUAG